AUGUCUGCUGUCACCACAAUGGCCGAGUCGGAACUGAGUCCGAAGUUUGCGCCUUUCAUUGGCAUGGGUGGCAUCGCCGCAGCCAUGAUAUUUGGCAGCAUGGGCGCUGCCUACGGCACCGCCAAAUCAGGUAUUGGCAUCGCUGGCGUGGGCACUUUCAGGCCGGACCUGAUCAUGAAGUGCCUUAUCCCCGUCGUCAUGUCCGGUAUCAUCGCAGUCUACUCCCUCGUCAUCUCUGUUCUGAUCGCCCAGGACCUCCAGCCCCCGGCGUCCGGGUCAUACAGCUUGUUUAAUGGUUUCAUGCAUCUUGCUUGCGGCUUGGCCGUUGGCCUCACCGGCCUUGCAGCUGGCUACUGCAUUGGCAUUGUUGGUGAUCAGGGAGUGAGGGCAUACAUGCUGCAAUCAAGAGUGUUUGUUGGCAUGGUUCUGAUUCUUAUCUUCGGCGAAGUCCUCGGUCUCUAUGGACUCAUUGUUGCUCUCAUUCUCAACACCAAGAGCAAGGGUUAA